UCAGGGCGAACUGUUUGUGAAGAGGAUCUGGAUUUGUUCAAUUAUGGACUCUUCUGGGGAAAAAACAGGAAAUUGCACAGAGGCAGCAAAAGAGGAUUUAAAGGAAGCUGCAGCGGCUUCUUGUGCUCAGAGCUCCCGAGGCUGUUGCCAGAAAUGUGUCCCUCGGUUUAUUCCGUCAGUUUACCGCAAUGAGCUUGUGCAACUUUCCAAACUGGCGGGACCAGUGGUCAUUUCCCAGUUGAUGAUUUUCAUGAUCGGUUUUGUCAGCACGGUGUUCUGUGGUCACCUGGGGAAAACUGAACUUGCAGCUGUAGCAUUAUCAAUUGCGGUAGUUAACGUCACUGGUAUUUGCAUUGGCACCGGUUUGUCGUUAACUUGUGAUACCCUCAUAUCUCAGACGUAUGGGAGCGGUAACUUGAAGCGUGUGGGUGUGAUUCUCCAGAGGGGAGUUCUGAUUCUGCUGCUGGCCUGUUUCCCUUGUUGGGCCAUCCUCAUCAACACUGAACCUCUCCUACUUGCUGUCAAACAGAGUCCAGAGGUCGCCAGCCUCUCCCAGCUCUAUGUGAAGAUCUUCAUGCCUGCUCUGCCGGCUGCUUUCAUGUACCAGCUGCAGGGGAGGUAUCUUCAAAAUCAGGGAAUUAUAUGGCCUCAAGUUAUAACUGGAGCAAUCGGAAAUGUCUUUAAUGCAAUAAUCAACUACGUCCUCAUCCAUCAGCUGGAUUUGGGUGUUGCUGGAUCAGCAGCAGCCAGUGCCAUCUCCCAGUAUUUGUUGGCAUCAGUCUUAUUCAUUUACAUGUACUGGAGAGGUCUGCAUAAGGCCACAUGGGCAGGUUGGUCCCUCGAUUGUCUCCAGGAGUGGGGACCCUUUGUCCAGCUGGCUGUCCCCAGCAUGCUCAUGCUCUGUCUGGAGUGGUGGGUGGUUGAAGUGGGAGGAUUCCUGGCCGGUGUGAUCAGUGAGGCCGAGUUGGGAGCUCACUCGAUAUCCUACGAACUGGCUGUUAUAGCAUACAUGUUUCCACUAGGAGUCUCUGGUGCUGCCAGUGUACGGGUUGGGAAUGCACUUGGUGCAGGAAACAUCGAGCAGGCCAAGCUGUCAAGCAAAGUCCCCAUCAUCUGUGCAUUCAUAAUUGCAUGCUUUGUUAGUAUUAUUUUUGGCGUCUCAAAGGAUGUCAUCGGAUACAUUUUCACAUCAGAGCCCGAUAUUUUGCAGAGGGUUUCUGAUGUCAUGUUGAUAUUUAGUUUCUUGCAUCUGGCCGAUGCAAUUGCGGGCGUGGCUGGAGGAGUUGUCAGAGGAGUCGGAAAACAGUCGGUUGGUGCUCUGUGUAACCUGGUCGGGUACUACUUUAUUGGCUUACCCACUGGUGUGUCUCUGAUGUUUGCAGCCAAAAUGGGGGUUGUAGGAUUUUGGACAGGCCUUACAGUUUGCGUGUUAGUGCAGUCGAUCUUUUUCAUCACAUUUUUGUGCAGACUCGAUUGGAAGAAGGCUGCUGAAGAGGCUGAAGUGCGAGCAGGAGUCCGCGUCAAAGAAGAAAAAGACACGAUCAAGAUGGAAAAUAGAGAAUCUAAUCACAUCCAGACCUCAAUCAGUACUAUUGCAUCCAGUGGUGAGAGCGCCGGGGUGGACCACGUAUACAUGGAGGUGCAAAUACCAGAAGAGAGUAAAACCACCAACACCACUACAGUGGGAGAUGUUCUGUCAGUGUCACAGCUGGUGUUACGGCGCGGCCUGACGAUACUCAUCAUGAUCCUCAUCCUCGCUGCUGGAAUCAUUACCAACACCCUCCUCACCCAGCUGCUCAAAUGAUGUAAUGGGUUAAAUGUAUUGCUGUGUAUAUAUAUAUAUAUAUACGCUUAGUAUAUUUAGUAUUUAGUGUGCACACAAAAAAUACCACUUUUUCUUUUAUUUGCCUUAAUCAACAUAUCACAAAAAGAUAUCAGAAAUACCAAAAGAAAAUUAAAGAAGUGAAUUUAGCUAUCUGUCUAAUUAUGUUUCUUUUCAUCUCUCCUGUAACAAAUGAUUGUUUGUGAUUGUCAGGUUUGGUGUGAAUAUUAAAUGAAGACCUGUAUGUGCAGUAUGUGCACGGAUAAUUAAUUAUAAUGGCAUAAAAAGUAUUAUUUUUGCAUAGGUGUAGUUUAAUAACUGUAACGCAAUGUAUAAACACAUCUAUAUUCAUAUAACAAACUGUGUAUUAAAUAGCAUAUUUAUUUAUAGCAUAUUUGAAUAUUUUAUAAUUGUAUCUCUGAUUUCAUAUAAAGUUUUUUAGUGUUUAUUAACAUUUGUUAUUUAUAUGUUUUAAAUAAAGAUUCGAUUCACAUUCAGAUACAUAUCAGCCUAUGCAAUAAAUGACAUCUUCUCAGAC